CUCAGACGGAACGGACAUGGGGUCAAGCGUUCAGGUGAUGCUGUGGACCCCAACCUUCGUUUGCGUCACCCCCCGUUCCGAGUGUCUUCGCUUGUUCUUCUGGAAAAUAGGAUCUGCGGUGCCACCCUGUCCUAGGCGAAAGGAGCGUGUCUGCGGAGCCAAGGAAAGUAUGAUGCUGUUUGGGACACGUUGUCCCCGUGGUCCGGGGGAGCGGAAGGACUCUGGAAAGAAUAGGUUCUUUGCGGAAUGCCCUAUCGACGGGGGAUUCCGGUACCAUUGAAAUGUGUUCAAGAGAGGGGGGUGUGAAGACAGAAGACGGACAAGAUAGGAAGAAGGGCCGAGGCAACAAACAUGGGCAACUCGGGGGGACGUGGAGUUGUUUGAGAGAGGAGAGAGGCGGGUAGCUGCGAUGCCAAUACCAGA